AUGUUCCGCACUUCUGAAGGAGCAGCAGCAGAAGGAGUUCGUAAGGCGUGGGUCGGCAUCCCAGUCGCUGAAGUCCUCCGUCCCGCGCAGUUUUGCUUAGGAGAUGAAAACGCCGAUCGCAUCGGUGGCGCUACGUACGGGGGUGAAAUCAUGACGUUGGGAAAACCCGACACCGUCACCUUCGCUGACUUCGGCCCAAACAUCGCUCAGGCCAAGGUUUCGGAAAACUUGACAUCCGAAGAGAGGAAUAAACCAGGUGCGAUGACAAAGAAGAAAGGAACUGAAAAUUUAGCAUCUGCCGAUCGCGGCUUGACGGCAGAUCUGGUGUUUCAGGGCGUUGCCUUCGAGCAUUUUGGCUCCAUGACGCCACCUCUUGGGUCGUUUAUAGCCUCUGCGGAUGCGUCCCGCGGCGGCAAGUCCACAAUUAUUUCGUUGCUGGAACCAUUCGACGAGUCAAUCUCGGGGACCAUCCUCUUAGGGUGACGCAAAAACGCCGUAUCAAGUUGGCAUAUAACCGUCGAGUUCCGCCUUUAGUCACCCAAGGCCCCAAAUAUUUGCUGGGACCAUCGGACAUAGCUCCCUGCCUGGCCUAGAACAUUAAACACAUUCAGCGUGACUCUAAUCAUGAAAUGACGCAGGUGUGUGAAGACACGAAUCUCUUCAAUCCAGCACAUGGCUGUCAGCUGGCUAUCCGACUGUGCUGGGGACUGUUACGCAUACUGCAUUUGUCGGCAGCCAUAAGCGGCAAUCAGAAGCAGCUUGAACUGUGGAUCGGUGUAACGUGCGUGUCUUG